CUGCAACAAACCUGUGUGAAGACUGAGGUGCGCCUGCUUAGUUGGAAUGAAAACCUGCAGCCACACCGACCCUGGGAUCCUGGAUCAGUUUGAAUGGACCCUCUGAAAUGGUUCUAUAUAGAACCUUUUGAGAGUGCCACAUAUGUACCAAGCUAUAGAACCCUUUAAGGUUCUAUAUAGAACCACUUAUUCUUUGUGUGUGGCAUCCCUGUCCUCUGUUCACUCACUGGUUGCAGACACACACGUAGGUGCGUUUCCAGCCUGAGUUGCUGUUCCAGUUGUAGUGGCGGAGCAGCGUUACAGCCCGUCUACUCUUCAGCGAGUUUUCAUUAUUAACUGACUAGCUGUACCUGUUUUAUCAUCGACAAAGAUUGGAGGAGACUAAAGACAUAAUUGUUGCUGGUUGUUCUUUGACCAGAAACCCACUGUGCGCAUCUGAACUUCUGCGUCCUCUUGGAGACACUGAUUUGUUCCCAACAGAUUUGUGAUCUCUGCGCAUCUUUUUCUUUUACUCAUCAGCAUCAAAGCUUUUCUUUCGAGGGGAUUUGAACCACGAAAGCAGAAUAUCAAUGUUUUUUGCGGCUUGAGGAUCGCACAGAGACGAUCAGGACUUGUAGUUACAGCCAGGAUGAUGAUUUGUUGCCCCCAAACUCUGCUGUUGUUGGGGGCUCUGCUGGUUCUCUCAGGCUGGGCCCUGACUGCCCCCACAGUCCCAAACAACUUCUUCUACCAUGACUUCCUCAAUGGAAAUGGCAACAAAGAAAUUAAUUUCAGUGGUGUGAAGCUCCAUGUGGACUCUGCUCAGCCAUCAGUGUUUGCAGUCAGAAGGGGUAACGCCACCAUGCCGUGCAGGUUUUGGCAUGAGCCUGAGCUGAGCUCGCCAAGGGAGGUCCGGGUCAAGUGGUCCUGGCUGCCUGCUGCUGGGGGACAUGAGACAGAUGUGCUGGUGGCCAUUGGCUCCCGCAGUCGAAGUUUUGGGGAGUUCAGGGGUCGUGUGCAGCUCAGGCAGGAUUUCCCAGGAGAUGCUGCACUUGUGAUGACUAGACUCCAGUUGAAUGACACAGGCCGUUACCGCUGCGAGGUGGUGGAUGGACUGGAGGACAAGAGCACUUCAGUUUAUCUGGAGUUACAAGGUGUGGUGUUUCCCUACCAGCACCCUCGUGGUCAUUACCACCUGAGCUUCCUGGGAGCUCAGCAGGCCUGUGAGGAGCAGGACUCCACACUGGCCACCUUCACACAGCUCUUCCAGUCCUGGAAGGAGGGCCUGAACUGGUGCAAUGCAGGCUGGCUGGCUGACGGGACAGUCCAGUACCCCAUCACCCGGCCCAGAAUGCCCUGCGGGGGGCACGGCCUCGCCCCAGGUGUCCGGAGCUAUGGCAGACGGCACCGGCACCUUCAUCGAUACGAUGUCUUCUGCUUCUCCUCUUCACUCCGAGGGCAAGUCUACUAUCUUCAGCCCUCUCAUAAGAUGAACCUGACAGAGGCUCAGCAGGCGUGCCAGCCAGACGGAGCCGAGAUCGCCAAAGUCGGACAACUCUACGCUGCCUGGAAACUCAAGGGGCUGGACCGCUGUGACGCUGGCUGGCUGGCUGAUGGAAGCGUUCGGUAUCCCAUCACCAGGCCUCGAACAAACUGUGGUCCCUCUGAGCCCGGGGUGCGCAACUUUGGCUUCCCACCUCCCCAGCACAAGCAUGGAGUCUACUGCUACAAGCCAGAUGAAUGAAUAUAGAUCCCCACCCCUCUUCUACAGGGUCAGAAAUGUUAAUUUGACACUCAUUUCUUCAAAAUAUCUUUAUGAGCAAGCUGUUUCAUUAAUACUGUGUAAACCCUGAGAUGAUUAACAGAAGAAGAAAGCAGGAAAAAAAGCUUUUACACUACACAAAAUUCUAUUUACUUUUUCAGACUUUCCUCUAAUAUUUUUUUUUCUUGUUAGGUGUCUUACAUCGUCAUGCCUCUAAAAAUUAUUAAAAAAACAUGGACCAAAAAAAACAAACUCUUUGCUUAACCUGGUUAUCGACAGUGUUGAUGGGUCACAAGUAGACAUUGCAUUGUUUUUUAAUAUUUAUUCUUUUAGGGGGCAUUUUCGCCUUUAUAGGGAUAAAGGUACAGAUAGGAAACAUUGGGGGAGAGAGUGGUAUCACAUGCAACAAAGUUCUCCGGCUGUAAAUUAAACCAGGGAUGUUGCGGAUAUAUGUUAUGCGUCUUAACCACCAGGACGCCCCGACACUGCUUCAUUUAAUGGCGUUUCAAGCGAAAAGGGAACCACAGGUGUAAACCUUAUUUUUACUAUUAUAUCUACAACUCAUUGUAUUUUUCUAUUAGUACAUUCUCUCUGUGAAUUUCUCUUUUUGUACAUUCAAGGAAAGCAUUUACUUUACUGUGAUCUCACCAUUUAUGAUAUACGCUAUUGAAAUUAGCAUCUGCUAAAUAACAUUUGUACUUGAGCUUGGAAUUCUAUUAGCUGAUGAAGGCCAUGACAUGCCAUUCAAAGUUCAGAAAAAGCUAGUAAGUGGACUUUGAGUUGAGUUCAUUUUGUUACUGACAGUUCUACUGUAUAACCAUGUACCUCAGCUGAUUUUCACAUUAAGGCAGGUGUUAGGUGGAGGUUUUUACGUCAUCUGGAAAUCUAACUUAUUUCUGUAUAACAAAUGCUUUUCCUAACCAUUAAAAUCUGUGUACAGAAGA